UCUUGGCCUCGUCCCUUUCUAUUUUUCGUUGACAAUGGAAGCUUCAAAGCAAUAAUAAGUAAGAGAUCAAAAAGUAAAGCGUUCCUUCACACACAAACCACAAAAAUCAAAACUCAACACACUCUCUACGAACACAACACAAAACAAACCCUAGAUUCAAUUUAAACUUUCUCAAAACCCUAAUUUCACCACAGAUUCAAUUCCCUUCAAUCAGAUCUCAAAAUCAUGGAGAAAGAAUUCAAAGUCCCACCUGUAUCUUUCGCAUCCGCCGGAAACCCCAAUAUCGCCGCUCAAAAUCUUCAAAACCGCCGUGUACCAACACCGCCAUUCCAACCUAACUCCGGAAUCCCUUUCAUGUCAUUCGACAUAGGUUCCGCCGCCGUAUCAACUUCCUCCGGUCCAAUUUACUCCGGUCCUGGAAUGGGCGGUGGUUCCGCUAAUUUCGACGAUGAAGAGCCUCUUCUCGAUGAACUCGGUAUCCAUCCUGAACAAAUCUGGAGCAAAAUCAGAUCGGUUCUUAAUCCGUUUCGUGUGAAUCACACUGUGCACAAAGACGCUGAUCUAUCUGGUCCUAUUCUUCUCUACAUGGCUUUUUGUCUCUUCCAAUUACUCGCUGGAAAAAUUCAAUUCGGUGUGAUUUUAGGUUGGAUCGUUGUUUCUUCGAUCUUCUUAUACGUUGUUUUCAAUAUGCUGGCUGGUCGAACUGGGAAUUUGGAUCUACAUACUUGUACCAGUGUUGUUGGUUAUUCUAUGUUGCCAGUGGUGAUUUUCUCUGCACUGUCGCUUUUUCUUCCACAGGGAGGUUUCUUUGGACUCGCCAUUGCGGCCAUUUUCGUGUUGUGGGCAACGAGGGCUUCGACUGGUUUGGUGGUUUCUCUUACUGAUGGUGGUGAUGAACAUCGUGGAUUGAUAGCGUAUGCUUGUUUCUUGAUUUACACUCUGUUUUCGCUGCUUGUUAUAUUUUAGGAAUGUGUUUAAGUGCUGGGAUUGUUUGGAUCAUAGUGCUUAUGUUUUUGAUUUAGGGAACAUUUUUUCUUCUUCUGCUAUUGCAUUAUGAACCUCGUGAUUUUAUGUUGCAGUUUAUAUUAUAAUAUAGAAAAUGGAGUUAUUGCACUUGA